GCGUCAGCUGGUUUAUGUUUACAUCGCAUCAGUUUUUCGCAGCCAAGUUAGACUUCGUUGUACACGGACCCAAACAUGCCCUAGCGAAACAUACAACAUACCCGUUAAGGUGAUCGAUGGACAUUGUUUGUUUGUACGAGACAACCGCCGUGGUCCGUAAUCACACGACAGUGAUAGGCACACCUCAGGUCUUUCCUUAGAAGCUCCUCUCCUUUCACCAUGGGUGGAGCUGUGAGUGCCGGUGAGGACAAUGAUGAGCUGAUUGACAACCUUAAGGAGGCCCACUACAUUCGCUCAGAUCUGGUCGAGAAGGCCUUCAGAGCCAUCGACAGAGCUGACUACUACCUGGAGGAGUAUCGUGACAGUGCUUAUAAAGACCUGGCGUGGAGGCAUGGUAACCUCCAUCUGUCUGCUCCAUGUAUUUACUCGGAAGUGAUGGAGGCUUUGGACCUACAGCCUGGCUUGUCCUUUCUCAACCUGGGCAGUGGGACAGGUUAUCUCAGUACUAUGGUGGGCCUUAUACUGGGUCCAUUUGGUGUGAAUCAUGGCGUGGAACUGCAUGCAGAUGUUGUUGAAUAUGCUUAUCAGAAACUAGACUACUUUAUCAAAAACAGCGAUAGCUUUGACAAGUUUGAGGUCUGUGAGCCCACCUUUGUGGUGGGAAACUGUCUGGAGAUCCCUCCAGAGUGCAGACAGUAUGACAGGGUGUACUGUGGUGCAGGAGUCCAGAAAGAGUAUGAGAACUACAUGAAGAACCUGUUAAAAGUUGGCGGGAUCUUAGUUCUUCCCCUGGAGGAGAAGUUAACCAAGAUCACACGCACAGGUCAGAGCUCCUGGGAGACCAAGAAAAUCAUUGCUGUGACCUUUGCCCCGCUGGUUCAGCCCAAACAGAAUGUCAAUGGAAGACCAAGGAGUGUUCCUUUACCUAUAUUUGAGGUGCGGACAUUGCAGGAUCUGGCCCGUAUCGCUAUUCGGCAUACUCUGCGUCAGCCUAUCACUAUAGGGGAGGGACGCACAAAGCGACGAGUGUCCUUCCCAGGGGCUCGGGCCAUGCACCGCUACGGCCCCCGCUUUGAACGCCGCCGCUUCUGUCGCCGUUUCUACCGGCAAUGUGUCAACUCUGUGGUCCUCCAUGACUCCAUGAUUCCAACUGCCAUGGAUGACUGCCAGUACCCGGGUGGAGUGGAAGAGGAAGAAGAGGAAGUGGAGGAGGAAGAGGAAAGGGGUUGUUGCCGAGUAAGAGAAGACCUGCCCGAGGAGGAUGAGGAUGGAACAGGUAACGAAGAGGAAAAGAGCAAAGGCGGGUGUACUCGUGCCGAGCCACCUGUUAAUAUUCUGAGGGAGAGGAUUCUAAGACUCCCAUUACCUGAGCCGCUCAAGAUGUAUCUGCUGUAUUACAGAGAGAAAUGAGACUUUAUGAGAGAUAAUGGGUGCGGUGUAGCGCUAAGACAAUUAGACAUGAAGAAAAGCCUUUCUCUUCUUCCUCCUUUUCAAACUUCUCAAACUGGAUUAGCAUGACAUUGAAACCCUCAAGUAAUGACAUCAUGAUGUCCAUAUCCCUUUGAGAAGCAAAGCUCCUAGAUUUGGUAUGCACAAAGGCGGAACUGAAGGACUGAGCGAGAGUCAUCAACAUAGCCUGAGCUCAUAUUUGAACCCAUUUUUUAAAUUCAGUGUUCCCCUCAGCUGAGAAGAUCAAACGUACAUACACAACCUAAACACAGUGCCCCUGUGCAGAAUAACACGGUGUUGCGUGAAAGUUGAGCUUGUUGCUUUGAGCUCUAUUAGAGUAGCAUCGUGUUUGCGAUGUUGUAUAGAUUGAAAUGGUGCACUGAAGAGUUGAAUAUUUUUCUAUAGCUUUACAUAAGACCCCAAAGUUGGCCCUCCACUGUCAAACUCUUUCCUUGCCUUUACUGUGUUCUUCUGAAAUUAUUAAUAACGUCUGCAUGUGUACUGUUGUACUGCACCCGUAUUUUGUCAAUAUUUGGGGUAGUGGUGAUGCGUUGCACACUUUGUCAUGUAAAUUUGUAUUAUCGUUUCUGGUAACUCAUUUGACAUGUUUUGUGACGUAAUGUAAUGCCUUAAUUCUUCACGAAAUCCAACAGCCAUACCAAGGCAGACAUCAGUAUCGGUUUUUGCCCAGUUAUCAGAGUUAUCACCCCUCCGAUUGAUACACACAUUGAUUUACGUUAUCAUUGUGAUAUAUCACAAGCUUUACGCUUUUAUUGUAAAGCCUAUGAAAUAAAAAAGAUUUUUAGAGGACUAUUUAUCGGCAGUCACACAGUUUUAAUGAUGUUUUUGUCUGAUACAUAAAGCACUUACGUAUUUUUUUCACAUACAUAGCAAUUAACUAAAAAACUUGAUUAAAAUCUUUGGCCCUACUCAGGAAGAUUUGUGGACAAUUUUAUUUUUCCUUCUUAAUACUGAUGAUCAAAGAAAGACAAAAACGUUAUGACCUUUAUAAUUUUGACAAAAAAUAUGGAAAAGGAUUUUUUUGUUUUUUGUACAUCAUCCUGAUGGUAAAAACAACCUCUGUACAGGAAGACCAUUCUGAUCAUAAAAUUGUUUAAAUGUGGUGAUUUCUAUACAUCUACACUGAGUGUCUGUGCAAGUACUUCUCUUUAUUUCUCUUUGAUGAGACCAAUGUGUAUGUAGCCAUUUAAAUCCAGGAUACUAUCAUACUUAAGUACAAGCAUAUCUACAAGGUUUCGCUUAAAGAUUGUGCUUGUAGGUAAUAGAUCCUUAAAUAAAGUUUUGAGUUUGCACACUGGA